AUGACUUCCACCACCACUCUAGAAGCAGAGCGCGCCGAUCGCAUUUCGCGCCUGGCGGGGUUAGAACGGGUGGCCACUGCCCGGGCGGGGGGUGGCACUGCUACUUCCCAACCGACGACUAUGCCCCCAACUAUGCAAAAUCCAGGCUACUUCGACAGCAGUAUGGGACUGAAGGAGAGAAGCACGGUGGGUAGCGCGAGCGCCACGGGCAGCGUGGGAGCCCGCACGACCUGGGCCAGUAGCAGCGAUGCGCCCGACGUCGAUAAGAUGAGCGAAGACCCAGACGACGGCACUUCCAGCGUAGGAAAUAUCAGCGAGGGAGAUGCCAGUUUGGUCGGUUUUGGAGAAGGUGCCAGCACCAUCAGCGGCCCGAUCUCACAUUCCGGGCUAAACCGCACUGCCUCUGGAGGAGGCCGACCCAACUCCUUGGGCAGUCCCACGGGCCGAUCGAACCCUAUCGCGCCGUUCUCUCAUAUGUCGAAUGACAGCACUAGGCUGCAUUCUACAAUGUCACCUACUGGAUCGAUCACCCCCGAGCCGGCACAAGAUGCUCGGAUGGUUGACGGCAUGACCUAUGAUCCGGACGUGGUCGAUACAACGGUGAGAACUCCACGGCUGGCGACGCCGGCGGAUCCAGAUGUGCCUGGCAAUCCGGCCAGCGAGCAACGUUUGGGCUGA